CCAUCCAUCAUUCUAAGAAAAAAAUAAAAAAAAAAAGGUAAAAAACUUCUCCACCGUCUCUCUCUCUCUCUCUCUCUCUUCUCUCUUCUGCGCAGAGAAAAGCUUUGCAAUUUGCAAACUCAAUUCAUUCAUUUUAACCAAUCCUCUUCUUCUUUCUUUCUUUAGCUCAAAAACAUCUACGCAAAGAGAUCAGAAGUGAAGAAGAUUCUCAGAUUUCACAAAAACAAAGCCUUUUCAAUUUCAUUAUUUGUUGGGGUGAUUUGGUGCAAUAAAAAGAAAUGGGAAGCAGAUGGAGGAAAGCAAAGUUGGCUUUAGGUCUCAAUUUAUGUCUAUACGUUCCCAAAACGUUAGAAGAUUCUUCUUCUUCUUCUUCUUCUUCUCCUUUAAGAAGAUCAGACGACGCCGUUUCACUUUCCCCUGUAAUGGUUCCAAGACCCACUACGCCGACUCCUUCCUCCUCUGGUCUCCGAUUGCCUCGCUCCAUUAGCAAAUCCUCUUCAAAGAAAACGUGUGCGAUAUGUUUGACGACGAUGAAAGCAGGGCAAGGCCACGCAAUCUUUACAGCGGAAUGUUCUCAUUCGUUUCAUUUCCACUGCAUCACUACGAAUGUCAAACACGGGAACCAGAUUUGUCCUGUUUGUCGCGCGAAAUGGAAUGAGAUCCCUGUCCAGAGCCCUAAUGCUAAAUCUAAAUCUGGUGUCAAACCGAUAAGUCAAACAAGAGACUAUGCUUGGAUGUCAAUACCUCCAAGGAGGUCGUCCCCGAUUCAAGCUUCUUCACGGCCUGACAGUCUAAGGGUCUCCUCCAUCUUUAACACCGAGCCUGCGGUUUUUAAUGAUGAUGAGGCUCUGGAACAUCAAGACCCUUCUGCUGAAUCUGGUUUGGAGAAGUCUAAACCUGGUGUUAGUGGGACAUUGGAAGUUAAAACAUACCCUGAGAUUUCAGAAGUAGCUAGAUCGGUUUCGUUUAAAGAUUUUGCUGUACUGAUCAAUCUAAAAGCUCCUUCAAAGUCGUCUUCAAAUUCUUCCUCUUCUUCUCGUGCUCCUGUUGAUCUAGUCACGGUUCUUGAUGUGAGUGGAAGCAUGGCGGGAACAAAACUGGCUUUGCUGAAACGAGCAAUGGGUUUUGUGAUUCAGAAUCUUGGCCCGUUCGACCGUCUCUCUGUCAUAUCCUUCUCCUCCACAGCACGCCGUAACUUCCCUCUUCGUCUCAUGACCGAGACUGGUAAACAAGAAGCAUUGCAAGCGGUUAACUCGUUGGUCUCAAACGGAGGGACUAACAUUGCAGAGGGAUUGAAGAAAGGUGCAAAAGUUUUGAUCGACCGUAGAUUCAAGAACCCGGUAUCAAGCAUCGUGCUCUUAUCUGAUGGUCAAGAUACGUAUACCAUGACUAGUCCAACCGGUUCCAGAGGAACGGACUACAAAGCCCUUCUUCCUAAAGAGAUCAAUGGAAACCGGAUCCCAGUUCAUGCGUUCGGGUUUGGUACGGACCAUGAUGCGUCCUCGAUGCAUUCCAUUGCAGAAAACUCCGGAGGUACAUUUUCCUUCAUAGAGUCUGAAACGGUAAUACAAGAUGCAUUCGCUCAGUGCAUUGGAGGUCUUCUUAGCGUUGUGGUUCAAGAGCUAUGCGUUAAGAUCGAGUGCGUUCAUCAUCUGUUGAGAAUUGCAUCGGUUAAAGCUGGAAGCUACCAGUUUGAUAACGGUCCGAAUUCAAGAACCGGAUCUAUCGCAGUCGGUGAUCUCUAUGCAGAGGAAGAGAGGAACUUCUUGGUGAAUCUUGAUAUCCCCAUUGUUGAUGGAGUUUCAGAUCUGAUGUCUUUACUCAAGGUUCGAUGCGUUUACAGAGACCCGGUUACAAAAGAGACUGUUGACUUGAAUAGUUCCGGCGAAGUAAAGAUUCUCAGGCCGGUUGUGAUGGCAGACAGAAGACCUGUGGUGUCAGUUGAAGUUGACAGACAGAGAAUCAGAUUACGUGCAGCGGAAGCAAUCUCUGAAGCUAGAGUUUUAGCCGACCGCGGUGAUUUGACCGAAGCUGUGUCGGUUCUUGAGACUUGCCGUGGGGUAUUGACGGAGUCUGUAUCAGGUCAAGCUGGAGAUCCAUUAUGUGUAACACUGUGUGCAGAGCUGAAGGAGACGCAAGAUAGAAUGGCGAGCCGUCAAGUUUACGAGUCUUCGGGUAGGGCUUACGUUCUGGCUGGUCUAAGCUCGCACUCGUGGCAGCGAGCUACAGCGAGAGGCGACAUGACAGAUACGACGACGACUUCUUACCAGACGCAAUCAAUGGUGGAUAUGGUGAACCUCUCUCAGACAAUGACUUUCGGAAUGCCUAUCGCUAGUUCAAAUCCGAGUCCGUCGACGACUCAGAGGAAACUACGGCAAGCUCUCAGUUUCCCGGCGAGGCCAAGGCCUAGGUGAUUCGGUGGAGGAAGGAUUAAACGGGGGGAUAUGAUGACAUUAUGGACUUUUUAAAAUUUUCCCUCGUUUUUAACUUUUUGGUGUUCACUUAAUAGUACGAUUUGUUUUUUUCAGUUGGGAAAGGGUAGUUUACGUUUAAUUUCUAAAUUUUGGGGGUAUAAGUAGUAUUAUUAGUUUUUGUUGGGGUUGAAGAAAAAGGAAAAGAGGAAAAGGGACAAAUGUGCUAUAUUAUAUAGGUGGUAAUAUAUAAUAUUGGCAGUUUUAGCAAGAGUGGCUUUUGUUUUUUCUUUCCUUUAUUAUGUUUAUAAUUUUGUUAUUAUUAUUUUUUUUUUGUCUAAAUGUGUUUGGAGGUGGGUAUAGAUGUGUGAGUUGUGAUUGUGUGGAAAAAAUGUUCUCCCAUAAAUAUUUUAAAGUUUACAUA